UGUUAUUAUAUUUCAUUAGGUCCCUCCCCGGUAUACAUUUAAAAUGUAUAAUAUAAGGUAUAUUAUCACCCAUUCGCGCAUACGUUCCUUACUAUAUGCCCUUACGCCAUGUAUUAAGAAAUACAUAUAUACCUCUAAUACGGUCAUAUGAUUAUUAACAUAUUCAUACUUACAAAUACUUCGAUGUGCGGGGUUCCAAAUGAUGGCUUCCAUGGUAUGUAGAACAAGUUAACGUACGAGAAUGGCAGCUAUGUACCUACCUCCCCAGACUAUGCUUUACGUAAGGUACGCUGCUACUGAUCGACGUCAUCGGCGUCGUCCCGCAUACCGAGAUUUAAAACAUACCUACCAGGUACAAAACCAAAGUAAACCGGUAAUUCCGAAUCUUUGUAUUUCAUUAACUUGUGACAUCCAAUCCUGGCCACCAGUAGUGAAUGACCAUUACUUUACCCUUUACCUGCCUUAAUAUCAUCGGCUUCUAACUCGCAAGCAUUUCCUACUUAAUCAAAAUGGGAGCUGCAUCGGCUAUACUCAUCGUCCUCAUAACUAUCCUUUUCCCUCCGAUUGGUGUCUGGGCCGUCGCCGGAUGUGGCGCCGAUCUGCUUAUCAACAUCUGCCUCACCAUCCUUGGAUACCUCCCAGGCCAUAUACACGCCUUCUACCUCGAGUACGUCUACUAUGACCGUCGAGAGCAGGCCAGAGAGGGCCGCUAUGCCGCCCGACGAGCUACCGGCGUGUACAGCGACCGCGUGCAAACAGGCGGCUACGGGUACGGCACGAUGGUUCCGCCGGGUACCCACUAAAUAGCCAGUUUACGAAGAGGGAACGUCGGUUUAAUUCCAGGAGGGCGUUUUGGUUUGUAGCAUUAAGGGGUCAGAUGCUUUCGAAAGACACUGGUAGUUGGUACGUAAUAGCAGUAUAUUCAUUCAUUGAUCGAAAUAGUCUCGCAGAUUUGCUGAAGAAAAGUAUGUUUAUACUACGCCGAAGUUAGCAAUUCGUUGCUAUUUGAAAGAAGUCAAUUUUGCAAUCAGAAAAUUCAUGGAGGAACAUGGCAUUAUAUAGGUAAUUUAAGCCGUCCAAGCCUUACUGUUGAUAUACAUAUUAGUGUAGGUAUGAUAGUCGCUAGCAAUGUUAUCACUAAAGAGCUAUGUAUCUA